AUCAUUUGGCUAUUGGGGCUGGUGUUCAAUAAAAUGAAUAUUAAUGAUGAUACUUUUGCAAAUAUAAUUGAAAAGUCUAAAUGUAGCGGAAAACAAUCAAACAAACUUGAAUAUGUAUCACUUCUCAGAGAUAUAUUUGAUCAAAAACUAUUCCCGAAUGACUUCGAUAACUGGACAGUGCAAGAACAGUACAUAUGGAUAAACAUGAAUAUUGUCAAAUUUUUUCAAAACGUACCACAAUCUUUGAUUAACUUUGUACCGGCCGCUUUUCACGAAAUCAAUCUUGACCGAUCUUCUAUGGAAAAACCUAAAUGGUUGGAUGUACAAAAAUAUCGUAGAGGACAAAAAUUUGUGGAUGACCAUUAUGGCUCAGUGAUAUUUGCCAAAAUACUAGGCGUUAUGCAUAUGUAUAGUUUCAACCCGACUCUGAAGGCGAUAAUUCUGUCAGAACGUUCUCAUACGCCAUAUUUACAAUUCCAAAGACAUUUGGCGACUAUAAAACGAAUAUUCAGCUGGUACAAUGGAGAGCCAUGGAUCGAAGGAACGCCAGCUUAUACAGAUUUACAAUAUACAAAUAAAAUGCACUUAAUGAUGAGAAGAAAAUUACGAGAGCUUACCAAUGAACAAAUUGACAAUGAGGCAAACUUUGUAGAUCCGUGGUGUCCAGACCGCGAGUUAUUGUUAAAAGAUUUUGCUGAUGCGUGUCCAUUUGAGAAGAUCGGACAACGUCCUCAUAUUAUGAUAGAGAAAUCACCAUAUAAUCCAAAAGGAAUAAAUAACGCAGAUUUUGCAGGCGCACAAUGCAGCUUUAUGAGUAUGGUUGUGUUCUGUCCGCAACACAUCGGGUUGCACGAUGCGACUAACGAAGAUCUAGAAGCUUUUUGUCAUAUGUGGAGAUGUUACGGCUAUUAUCUCGGAUUAGAAGACAAGUAUAACUUUUGUCGUGGUAGUCUUGAAGAAAUAAAACAACGCAUAAAAGAUCUCUAUGACUAUUGGGUAAUUCCUAAUUUUAAAGAUCAUUCACCGGAAUGGGAACACAUGACACGAUGUCUCGUCGAACCUAUGAACUAUUUUCCUUUUGUGUACAUUCCUUACAAGGCGAUGAUAUUAAUAGCUACAGACAUAUUAAAUUUAAAUAUGCCCAAUUUAUAUGGAUCCCUUAAUUACACAGAAUGGAUUGCUUACAAAAGCUGGACAUUUCUAUUACGCAAAGCUUUAAAAUUUUCUAUCAUUCGAUACAUCUUUAACAAAAUGGUACGUAAAAUAAUAAAUACAGCAAUGAAUUUCAGUCCAGAGCAGCUAACAAAACUUCAAGAAAAAUCAGAUAAACAGUUAAAGCAAAGAUAUAAAAGUUCAUAAAAUAUUUUUGUAAAAAUAAUGCAUGGGCAAUGAAAAUGAGAAGAAAAUAACGAUAGGAAUAGCGAUAACAAUUUCAAGCCGUUAAACUAAUACAAUCCAUAUAACAUUAUAAGACAUAAACUUGAUUUAAUCUAAACCAUAAGAUCGGAUUAUAUACAGUGUAUAAAAAGUACCGGUAUCGCGAAAAAUCUCGAAAACUAAGCAUUUUACAAAAAAGUAUUUCUUAAAAAGAUAAAAGAUUAUAGUGUUUUAAAGGAUCUAUUUACGAGUCUUAUCAGUUUGACCUUAAAUGACAUUCUUUUUUUUAUUAUUACAGAAAUACAAGAAAUAUUUUUAACAAUUUAAACAAAACUUUCUUUUUACUUCUGUUUAUGUCACUUUGUAGCACUUAACUUGAUGUGAAACUUUUGUUUCUAACAUUUUUCUGUAUCUCUUGUACUUUAAGAGAUAUACGAUAAGAGAGCAAAAAAGUAUAAAUAUAAGCGUUCUUAUAUUUUUGAAGUCAAAAAUCAUACCUUGAAAGUAAAGGUAUAGAUAUGUAAAAUAGAUAUCGUUACUUUUGAUACUUUAUAGAUAUCGAUACUUUGAUUUGAAUACUGUAAUAAGUACUGGUAUCAAAACUUUACUGGUAUCGAAUCAACUCUACUCACGUGCACUGGCUACUUACUGCGACGACACCACUCUGUAACAAAAUAGAAUUCUAUUGUUAGAUUCAUAAUUUGUAAAAAAAAUUAGGUGUACCCUAAUACAUAUUCUAUUGUAAUGGAAAAAAUUGUAAAAUAAAACUUGAAAAUUGAAAACACUGAUAAAGAAUUAUAAUAAAGCAGUAAAAGAUAUA